UUUUUCUUCUUUUUAUUUAUUUAUUUCGAAUGUUUAAAAAGAUUACAAGCCAACAGAAUGCAGUUGUAAAGCAUUGGAUAGCCUUAAGAGAAAAGAAACAAUACAGAUUAGAUCAACAGCGGGUGGUUGUACAGGGCGCCAAAAUAAUCAAAGAACUCUAUCAACAAGGCUGUCAAAUUCGUUCACUCGCUAUCACGACGGAUAAAAAAGACAAGGACAUUAAACAUGCUGCACUGGACAUGGUGCAACAUCCAUUACCAGCUGACGCUUAUUAUGAGACAGAUAUUCACCUUGCACGACGUAUUUUAGGGACAUCUUCCAGGCCUGGAAAACAUGAUGUUUUUGCAGAAAUACCUGUACCCUCACACACACCCUCAUUGAAGGACACUCGGCUACUCGUGUUUGAUAAGAUCAACGACCCUGGUAAUCUAGGCACAUUGGUUCGAUCUGCUAGAGCCUUAGGAUGGCAGUCAGGUCUGAUCAGUGAGGGCACAUGUGAUUUGUACAAUGAUAAAGUCGUACGUGCCUCCAAAGGACUCUCAAUUCUUUGGCCACAUACAUCUUAUAAGCAUAUGCAGACCAUGUUGACUGAACUCAAACAGCAUCACUAUACACCACUUGUUGCAGACAUGUUACCAGCCACUUUACCUACCGAUCUAUGGUCUCCUGAAAAUGCCCAUCCAAUAAAACCAGGAGCAGGUCUAUGUUUAUGGAAUUUUCCUCAGACAAUGAAAAGACAAGUACCUCAAAAAAUAGCUCUUAUCUUGAGUUCAGAACAUCAAGGUGUACAUCCAAUAUUAGACCAAGAAAUCAAAGUAUCUCUGCCCAUGUAUUCUCAUGUUGAAUCACUCAAUGUGGCUAAUGCGGGUAGUAUCAUUAUGUUUGAAUUAAAUAAAUGGCUCUAGU